UGUUAUUGUCCAAUCAUGACAAAACCCGGGAAAUUCAAACAGAAUUAAUGACUACAUUGCCACUCUCAGCCAAUAGGAAGAUGGGACGCUGCCUAUAAAAGACCCACUAGCUCGCCAGCCAAAUUCAUUCACCCGAACUUUUAGAGAGCGAAGUUGCCUCGUUUGGAAGAUGGCCAGAACCAAGCAGACUGCUCGGAAGUCCACCGGUGGUAAAGCACCAAGGAAGCAGCUUGCUACUAAAGCAGCUCGCAAAAGCGCACCCGCCACCGGAGGAGUGAAAAAACCUCACCGCUACCGUCCUGGAACUGUAGCUCUCCGAGAGAUCCGGCGCUACCAAAAGUCCACCGAGCUGUUGAUUCGCAAGCUCCCUUUUCAGCGCUUGGUGCGUGAAAUUGCCCAGGACUUCAAGACCGACCUGCGUUUCCAAAGCUCGGCUGUGAUGGCCCUUCAGGAGGCCAGCGAGGCUUACUUGGUGGGGCUGUUUGAAGAUACUAAUCUCUGCGCCAUCCACGCCAAGCGAGUCACCAUCAUGCCCAAAGAUAUCCAGUUGGCUCGCCGCAUUCGCGGUGAGAGAGCUUAA